CAGUUGUGCCCUGGAUUGUAACAGAGUGAGAGCAGCCCUCCUGCAGCCUGAUUGCCCACCACCAUGGAUGUCAAACUACUGGCACUGAUGACUCUGCUGGCUGUGGCCACACGCAUACCAACCUCCAACGCUAAGCCCAUCAGUCUGGUGGAGCGCUGCUGGUGUCGUUCCACCCUCAACACGGUUCCUCAGCGAUCCAUCAAAGAGCUCAAGUUUCUCCACACACCCAACUGCCCCUUCCAAGUCAUUGCCAAGCUGAAGAACAACAGGGAAGUUUGCAUCAACCCAGAGACCAAGUGGCUGCAGCAGUACUUAAAGAACGCCAUUAACAAGGUGAAGAAAACCAGAAGACGCAAUAGCAAGAAGAACUAAAAGGGGAUGUACAUCAUCAGGCAUCCUCAGAUCAAACCUGUAUACCUCCCUCCCACUGCUCUGGAUGUAUGUAAACACGCUGUAUGUACUCGUCCACCUCUCUGGACCGCUUGCGGAACCAGCACUUCACCGCCAAACUGUGCCAACCCCAGCACCACUGCAGGUCCCUCUGGAUGCCCACGCAGUCACCUCCAACCAUCCAUAUUAGCACCAAGUGCAAUUCCACCUCAUCCCUGGAAUGAUGGGACACAUGUUGACGUUGAAUAUAUGAGUGUGAGUGCUGGGUGAUUGACACGAGAGAGAAAGUGUGUUUGAAUGUGCUUCAUGUGAACUAACUGUGUGUCUGUUUAAAGUAUUUUCUUACUUCACGCAGCUAUAAAGGGACAAUUUGAGCUUUCUGUCUCACACAUAAGGCUUUGUGGGUAAUGCAACCUUCACCUCAUGUCAGAUUAAUGAUACAUAUGAGCUGCUGACAGAGAAACAUUUUCACAUCAGUCUCCUGGUGGAAUAAUGAUUGGGGCGUUGUUGGCAGGCCCUGAUGAUAUAUUAGGCCAAGUCAAAUGUAUCAGUUAUUCUGGC